GAUUACUUAGAUAAUAAUGAUGAAAUAAAAUCCUCUAGUCUCUGAGAAGCAAAAACCAAGAAGAAUAUAUAGCAAGCCAUGAAAUCUCUGUGUAAUAUAGAGCUAACAUCUCAAUACAUUAUAUCUUCAUCAAAAAGCUCAGCACCAUUAUUACUUCCCAAACCGGUUAAGAACCCAUCAUACGUUCCAUCAAAAACAUGGAAGAUUCAUGCAAAAGCGAAAGGGUUUAAUAGGCCAAAUCUAGAUAAACAAAAUUCAAUGACCAAUGUCGAAAAAAGGAAAAAACAAGAAGAAGCAGAUGAUAAAAUACCAGAUGUAGUCAUGGGAAGAAUGAUAACUAGGAUAUUAUUCAAUGUUGGGGUGCCUUUGGUAACUGGUUUAGGCCUACUUCAAAUGUUCAGUGUAAUAAGAGACAAUAAUUUGAUGCAAAUACCGCGUUGGCUGCCAUUUUUGACAACCUUUAUCACAUUAGGAGCUUCAACACUUGGAAUUGCUUAUGGCACUUUGUCCACAAGUUGGGAUGCUGAUAACAAAGGUUCACUUCUUGGGCUUGAAGAAGCUAAGAAGAAUUGGGUUGAGAUGUGGGCACAAGACGAUUCCGAGAACUCUUAAGGUAGCAGAUAGCGUAACUUUAUCUUUAUAUCAUACAACAUUACAGCUUGUAAUUGUGCUUUGUUUGUAUGGCAUGGUUCAUAAAACUUAACAGUUAAUGCAUGACCAUUAUUAGUAUUGUGAUUA